AUGGCAGCUGUAGCGGUUCCGGACAACUCUACACUUCUCCAGGCUACCACCACCAUACUCGCCGCUACAAUGGCUACGGGCACGAGCACGCCAACUGCAUCGCCCACAGGAACGCCGCACUCCCCAGGUGAUGGGGGAGAGGGGAAAUGUGAACUACUCGGUCCCUUUGCCCUGGUCAUUCAGGUAGCCCUGGGAUCGUUGGCACUUCUGGUGCUGGUAUAUAAACGGUGGAAAGAGAGGCCGCAGCGACCCGUCAAAGUAUGGGCAUUCGAUGUUUCAAAGCAAGUAUUUGGCUCUUCGAUGCUUCAUCUGGUCAACCUACUUGCGUCGAUGCUCUCGGCGGGCCAGAUAUCAACAGAUGCCGCCCAAACAAAUCCGUGCAGCUACUAUCUACUCAACCUCGGGAUAGACACCACCCUCGGCAUCCCGAUUCUUAUACUCAUCCUCCGCGUCCUGAACCACGCUGCCUUGUACACUCCACUGGCCAACCCCCCGGAAUCGAUCGAGUCCGGCAACUACGGCCGUCCCCCAAACGUAGUAUGGUGGUUCAAGCAAUCCAUGAUCUACUUCUUUGGCCUCGUCAUCAUGAAAGCUUGCGUCCUAUGCAUCAUCUACUGGCUUCCAUUCAUUGUUUUGGUCGGUGACUGGGCCUUACGCUGGACGGAAGGAAACACCGCCGUACAGAUCUUCUUCGUCAUGCUAUUAUUCCCCGUCAUCAUGAAUGCGAUACAAUACUAUAUCAUCGACAUAUUCAUCAAAAAGCGCGCCUUUGAGCACGACGAAUCCCUUCAUCCUGACGAGCAUGACCAUGACUUCGACUCGGCUUCUAUCAGCAGUGAUAGGCACCGCCGUAGUGCACUUCUUGCUGGGCUGGAUGAUGACGAUGAUGACUAUCCCGGUAGUGACGAUGAGGCCAACGAUGCGGCACAUGUCAUCUUUUCCGAUGACGAGGACGAUGCGAAGCCGACUAAUGGUCAAAUCACCACCCGUAAAUCACCACCGUUACCACAUAUCUAG